AUGACUUCUGCGCCGCUGCUCAUGCAUCCCGGCCCUGGAUAUCGUCUAUCUGAUCAUCAGUUCGAUGGUGGUCUGGCUCGUGGAUGUGACGAUCAGUGCCACACUUGCUGUUAUGUGCUGGGCAGAUACCUGUUCUAUCACCAACGACAUCCCUGCCGCCCCUUGAACCUUGCCAUGCGGCUCAGCCCUCGGUUUCUGAGCCCGAGCUUCAACGGUCUGUAA